CCAUAGCUUGAGCUUUCCUGGAUGUAUUCACAGCAGAUACAGAAAGAAGACACAUCAGCUAACAGGCACCACAGCUACCCUUUGGAGGUGGGGGCAGUUCUUGCCCACUGCUUCUAAAUGCAGAGCAACGAAAUCGCUAGUAACCAAAGCAACACCUUGUGCUUCCUGCCGAGAGAAGCUCUUCCUUCACUACAUAGUUAAUUUGUGCAGCAAACUCAUCCGAGCAGUGGUCAGGACCUACACGUGCUCAGAGCACAGCACAAGUUUGUGGCAGUGUGUAAAUAACUCACCCGGUGCCCUGGUCUCUGCCCACGGAUGAGUGUGGCCGGCACAGGCUGACAGAGUGGGCAGGAGAUGCCGGCACCACCCGAGCAGCAUGCGGCCUUUGCUCUCGGGAGAUGAUGCAGAGACAGUGUUGCGCCUGCUGUCAGCACAGAGCAGCAUAAACCCUUAACCUCCAAGGUAACAGAAAUGCAUGCUCAUCCCUUCUCUGUUCAAGUUUCUUCCUGAGACCUGGGUUCUGUUGCCACUAGCAGGCGGCGAGAGUGAGCAGGUGCCUGAAUGUAGCUGCUGUCUUCUGGAGCUGAUGCUGUGAAAUGGGAAAAUAGAUAGUGAGAGGCUGUACUGAAAAACCAUCCAUUUCUCACCUGCAUUUCUCUUUGACGCCUUCAACUUGCAGUCAGACUCUCUCAGUGCUCCAUGCAUGGCAUGGCUGGCUCGCUCAUGCCCCUCCUGUGCUCCUUGGAGCAGAGUUGCUACUCAAGACCGCUCUGCUGACGCAGAAAAAACCCUCAUAUUUCAGAUUCCAGACUCCCAGCAUUCAUGUAAAGCCAACAAAACAAGAUGCUGGAAAGAAUGUGAUUGUUACAAUUGUGAAGGAAAUCUUUCAAGGAGGAAAGCUAUCUUAAGAAACUCAGAGACGUCUACUGGAGUUGAAACAAUCAUGACGGAAAUUGCCUGCACAGCUGAGCUGACUUGUGGUGCUUUCAUUUAUACCAUUGUUGAGUACCAUGCGAGUGAAAUCUAUUUUGAAGGAAAGGCAAUGUCACAUCAUGAAAAUAAAUACAAUGGUUUAUUUUACGAUUUGGGAAGAAACAGCUUGUAACUCACCUUCUCUGUUUUUCCCAUGGCACUGAAGCUGGGGGUGGAGGGUAGGAGGGCAGGUGGAGCUGAAGGACAUGUGAACCCUACUAAAAGUAGGCAGACAAAUUGCAGCCUUUGAUCAAGCUGUUCUAUAGGUUUGUCGUAUAAGACAGCAUAAACAUCUUAAACCAGAAAUGUUUGCAGAGGCCACUAAUUUGCAACUCCUGUGAUCUGGAUGUCUAACACAGUACAUCUGGUGCCAGAUUUGAAGAGGCAUGGAGCACUUGCAAGUGAAACGAAGGUCAGUAGAGGUCCAGGACUGCAGGCUUUUGGAAUAAGCAGCAUCACAGAGGUGAAAUAUCUUGUUCUCCAGUCCUGUCUCUUGCUGUGGGCCCUUUACAGCCAUAGAAUUUUUCUGUCUGAUUUUUCAACCUAUACAAAGAUAUAGAACAUCAUUGGAUGAGGCUUUGAGCAGCCUGGUCUAGUGGGAGGUGUUCCUGCCCAUGGCAGGGGGGUUGGAACUAGAUGAUCUUUAAGGUCCCUUCCAACUUGAACCAUUCUGUGAUUCUGUAAUAUCCUCCUAGCCCUUUCUCCCCUUUCAGAUCAGCGUGUAUUCCAAAAUUGAGGCAAUGCCUGUAUACUUGGACAGUUCUGCAUGCCCUCUGGGAGUAAGAGGAAUGGAAGAUUUUACUGGUUUGUGUGAGUAUCAAUCCACAGGGAUCUGUACCAAAGGGGAACCACUACAGAAUCGAACAUGUGCAUCCUGGGGGCAAAUGAUAAAGCCACUCUUCAGCUGAGGCUUCAAGGGCAAGCCACCGCCCAUGGAAGACUAACACUUUUGGGGCAAAGAGCCAGCUCACAGCAGUGCAGACCCCCUGUGGCAGCCUGCUUGGCAACUGGCAGACAUCCUGGUGCCCACCUCCCUCAUGUGUGCAGGAGGAGCCAUGCUAUCAAGAAGCGAUCUUCUGCAUAAGCCCUACUUUAGAUUGGCCUUAAGGAGGCAGAAGAGAGAAGCUAGCCUUGUUAGCUCACUCUGUUUAGACCUGAAUUUCUCACAGAGAUAACAGUGUCUGCAGUGAUCUUCCAGAGGCCUUCACAUGGAGGCCUUCCUCUCUGUUCCAGUAAUAAUAAACCUUGCCAGCAGACUGACAGCCUAGCAGAUAAGACUUGAGGGAUACUACUACGUCGCACAAUUUGAUGGACUUGAAGGAUGUACAAGAAGACAGUGAGACAACUGGGUGUUCUCAGACCUGAGAAGGCUAAAGGCAGGAGGUGAACCGGACGGUCUAAGCUCAAGAGAUAGCCUGUUCGCCACCGAGGAGCAGCCCAGAGCAAUGUCCCUGGCUGGGGUAAGAUGUCUGGUGACAGGAGCAGGAGGAUUUCUUGGCCAGAGGAUUGUCCGCUUGCUGUUGGAAGAAGAGGAGCCGCUGGCUGAGGUCCGACUGCUGGACAAAGCCUUUAGCAAUGAAGCACUUGGGAGGUUUGGAAAGUUCCAGGGUAAGACUGAGGUGAAAAUCCUGGAAGGGGACAUCCGAGAUGUGACGUUCCUGCAUCGUGCCUGCCAAGGGGUCUCCCUCGUCAUCCACACGGCUUCCAUCAUUGACACCUUGGGCCUCAUAGAGAAGCAGCUGCUCUGGGAAGUGAAUGUGACAGGUACUAAGCUACUGCUGGAGGUAUGUGUCCACUGUAGCGUCCAGCACUUCAUAUAUACCAGUACCUUAGAAGUGGCAGGCCCAAACUGCAAAGGUGACCCAAUUUUCAAUGGUGACGAAGAAACAGCUUAUGAGAGUGUAUCCAAAUCUCCUUAUGCCCAGAGUAAGAGACUGGCAGAGGAUUCUGUGCUGAAAGCAGAUGGCCAGGUGUUAAAGGAUGGGGGCACACUGAUAACUUGUGCCCUGAGAUCCAUGUACAUUUUUGGAGAAGGAUGCCCAUUUCUUCAAGGUCAUCUGGAUAAGUGUCUUUUGAACAAAAAUGUCUACCUGCGCUUCUCCAGGAAGGAGGCUUUGGUGAAUCCCGUGUACGUGGGGAACAUUGCCUGGGCACAUGUGCAGGCAGCCAAAGCCCUGCGGGUCCCACAGAAAGCCAAGCACAUCAGGGGGAAGUUCUACUACAUCUCAGAUGACACUCCUCAUAUGAGCUACGCAGAUCUAAAUUAUGAGCUGACCAAGGACCUGGGGUUUGGAAUCGAGCCCCGGCUCCCCAUGCCUCUGACAAUGUUGUAUUACUUCUCACUGCUGCUGGAGAUCGUGAGCUUCUUGCUCAGGCCGUUUGUCAGAUACAUCCCCUCCACCAACCGUCACCUGGUCACUCUACUGAACACCCCAUUCACCUUCUCUUACAGAAAGGCACAGAAGGAUUUUGGCUACAUGCCCCGCUACACGUGGGAAGAGGCCAAGCAGUGCACCGGUCAGUGGAUGGCCUCCAUAGUCCCACAGAGAAGGGUGUACUUGAAAAGCAAGGCUGCCUAACCGUUAAGAGGAGCUGAGACCUGGCUACACAAGUAGGGCCAGGAGCCAGAGGAAAGCAGGGUGAACAGCAGCAGCAGAUAACCACAAAGCAUUUAAAUUAAGAUUUUGUGUAACAGCCCCCUCAUGUCCCCAUCCCCCAUCCCCCCACCCAGAAUAAAUAAAACUGCAAUGUUCGUUUGUUUGUGGAGUACAGGUUGACCAGCGUAGCCUUACUGUAUAGUCCACAUCCACUUCUACAUCUUGUGCAGCACAAAGACACUAUUUUAGCAAGACUCCACGGAGUCCAUGGUGUGAUCACAGCAGCCCUUCCUUUCACUCCAUGCCAACUUUAAGGCUUUUGUAAAGCACAAUUUGUUCUAGAACUGUGAUUGCACUUUACAAAUACGUACUACUCAGCUACACGCUACCCACUCAGCUCUUAUCAGCCUCAGCAAACACGCAGCAGGUAGAAGCCACCUGAUUGCAAAAGCUGUUACAAAUCUUGCUCACUUUUUCAAGAGUAUUGCCCAAUUUCGCAUGCUAUUCACCUGACAGUCAAACUUGAGAGCAAAUUUGGACACUGUAAGCAUUGUGAGGCCAAAAGUACAAUGUUUAGGAUGGUUUGUGGGGGGAGAGAAGGGGAAGAUUUGCUCAGGUGAAGAAUCCCGCAUCCAUUCUCAUUUUCUUAGUUACCAAUUUUGCAAUAAAUCUGAUGGCUGCCCUGGAGAACAACAGCUUCAACAAGAUGAAAAAGAGAAAAAUAUUGCAGGACAGCCUUGGUCACUGAAGGGUUUCCAUUGCAGGGUCAAGACAUUUGUGAACACUGAGGAAAAGUAAACAGUGCUGAAAAAAAAUCACGCUAUUUCCAGGUUUCAGCUGGGAACUUUAGCUGAUAGAUGCACGUGUGCUGUCCCUGUGCUUUUCUGAUGGCCGUAUGAGUUUCUGCAGAAGGUGUAACUUGACUUUUGGGCCAAAAAUGUAAAAUUUGUCUGAACAAAUAAAUGUGAUCCAGUGUUUGCUUCUUAUACAUACAGUUCACUUGCUGAAAACAGUUCUAAGAGAUGGGAAUUUCUCUGUUCUGUUCAGGAUGAUGUGAACAGAAACAUUUUACCUGACCCAGUACUAAUGUAAA